AUGAAGUUGUUUUUAUUAACAAAGAAAUCUUCUAAUUCUUUAAUGACUCAACUAAAUAGUAUACGCCAAAAUGACUUGUCAAUUGCGGAUUUUGGUUCUAAGCUCGAAGAACUCUUUACUGAUUUAACUAUAUCGCAAGCUAAAUCGAAUAAUGAAGCGUUUGAAAUUUUACGACCUAUUAAUGAGGAACUGGCAGUUAAGAAAUUUGCCGACGGGUUACGUAACAGGAGGUUAAGCACUAUUAUUGCAGCACGCAAUUACACCGACCUGAAGGACGCGGUGCGAGCAGCCCUGGACGAGGAGUUAUCUCAACCCCAACCAACGACCUCAAACUCGAUCCUAAAUAUUCGAGACUUGACUGAGGGUGCCAAGAGCAUGACGGUGUCCGAAGACAGCGAGAAGAACGAGAAGCAGCGUAUGGACAUAUUCUACUCGUAUCUUAAGCAGCGAGCCGACUCCGGGGACGUGGACUCGAACCGCGCCAUCACCGAGAUCCUACACGAGGCCGAACGGCUGGAGGUGAAGUCGAAGGCGCCGCUGGUGAUGCUCGAGGUGCUGGUGCGCGCCGGCAGCGUCGCCGCCGACGUGCGGCGACACCGCGCCCUGCUGCUGCGGCUGGCGCGCGCCGAGCCCCGCGCGCAGCGCGCCGUGCUGCACGCGCUCACCGCGCUCGUCGCGCACAACCCCGACCUGCUGCCCAAGGUGCCCGCCAUACUCAAGGUACGCCCGGUUACAUCCUGCUGCUGCGGCUGGCGCGCGCCGAGCCCCGCGCGCAGCGCGCCGUGCUGCACGCGCUCACCGCGCUCGUCGCGCACAACCCCGACCUGCUGCCCAAGGUGCCCGCCAUACUCAAGGUACGCCCGGUUACAUCCUGCUGCUGCGGCUGGCGCGCGCCGAGCCCCGCGCCGUGCUGCACGCGCUCACCGCGCUCGUCGCGCACAACCCCGACCUGCUGCCCAAGGUGCCCGCCAUACUCAAGGUACGCCCGGUUACAUCCUGCUGCUGCGGCUGGCGCGCGCCGAGCCCCGCGCGCAGCGCGCCGUGCUGCACGCGCUCACCGCGCUCGUCGCGCACAACCCCGACCUGCUGCCCAAGGUGCCCGCCAUACUCAAGGUACGCCCGGUUACAUCCUGCUGCUGCGGCUGGCGCGCGCCGAGCCCCGCGCGCAGCGCGCCGUGCUGCACGCGCUCACCGCGCUCGUCGCGCACAACCCCGACCUGCUGCCCAAGGUGCCCGCCAUACUCAAGGUACGCCCGGUUACAUCCUGCUGCUGCGGCUGGCGCGCGCCGAGCCCCGCGCGCAGCGCGCCGUGCUGCACGCGCUCACCGCGCUCGUCGCGCACAACCCCGACCUGCUGCCCAAGGUGCCCGCCAUACUCAAGGUACGCCCGGUUACAUCCUGCUGCUGCGGCUGGCGCGCGCCGAGCCCCGCGCGCAGCGCGCCGUGCUGCACGCGCUCACCGCGCUCGUCGCGCACAACCCCGACCUGCUGCCCAAGGUGCCCGCCAUACUCAAGGUACGCCCGGUUACAUCCUGCUGCUGCGGCUGGCGCGCGCCGAGCCCCGCGCGCAGCGCGCCGUGCUGCACGCGCUCACCGCGCUCGUCGCGCACAACCCCGACCUGCUGCCCAAGGUGCCCGCCAUACUCAAGGUACGCCCGGUUACAUCCUGCUGCUGCGGCUGGCGCGCGCCGAGCCCCGCGCGCAGCGCGCCGUGCUGCACGCGCUCACCGCGCUCGUCGCGCACAACCCCGACCUGCUGCCCAAGGUGCCCGCCAUACUCAAGGUACGCCCGGUUACAUCCUGCUGCUGCGGCUGGCGCGCGCCGAGCCCCGCGCGCAGCGCGCCGUGCUGCACGCGCUCACCGCGCUCGUCGCGCACAACCCCGACCUGCUGCCCAAGGUGCCCGCCAUACUCAAGGUACGCCCGGUUACAUCCUGCUGCUGCGGCUGGCGCGCGCCGAGCCCCGCGCGCAGCGCGCCGUGCUGCACGCGCUCACCGCGCUCGUCGCGCACAACCCCGACCUGCUGCCCAAGGUGCCCGCCAUACUCAAGGUACGCCCGGUUACAUCCUGCUGCUGCGGCUGGCGCGCGCCGAGCCCCGCGCGCAGCGCGCCGUGCUGCACGCGCUCACCGCGCUCGUCGCGCACAACCCCGACCUGCUGCCCAAGGUGCCCGCCAUACUCAAGGUACGCCCGGUUACAUCCUGCUGCUGCGGCUGGCGCGCGCCGAGCCCCGCGCGCAGCGCGCCGUGCUGCACGCGCUCACCGCGCUCGUCGCGCACAACCCCGACCUGCUGCCCAAGGUGCCCGCCAUACUCAAGGUACGCCCGGUUACAUCCUGCUGCUGCGGCUGGCGCGCGCCGAGCCCCGCGCGCAGCGCGCCGUGCUGCACGCGCUCACCGCGCUCGUCGCGCACAACCCCGACCUGCUGCCCAAGGUGCCCGCCAUACUCAAGGUACGCCCGGUUACAUCCUGCUGCUGCGGCUGGCGCGCGCCGAGCCCCGCGCCGUGCUGCACGCGCUCACCGCGCUCGUCGCGCACAACCCCGACCUGCUGCCCAAGGUGCCCGCCAUACUCAAGGUACGCCCGGUUACAUCCUGCUGCUGCGGCUGGCGCGCGCCGAGCCCCGCGCCGUGCUGCACGCGCUCACCGCGCUCGUCGCGCACAACCCCGACCUGCUGCCCAAGGUGCCCGCCAUACUCAAGGUACGCCCGGUUACAUCCUGCUGCUGCGGCUGGCGCGCGCCGAGCCCCGCGCCGUGCUGCACGCGCUCACCGCGCUCGUCGCGCACAACCCCGACCUGCUGCCCAAGGUGCCCGCCAUACUCAAGGUACGCCCGGUUACAUCCUGCUGCUGCGGCUGGCGCGCGCCGAGCCCCGCGCCGUGCUGCACGCGCUCACCGCGCUCGUCGCGCACAACCCCGACCUGCUGCCCAAGGUGCCCGCCAUACUCAAGGUACGCCCGGUUACAUCCUGCUGCUGCGGCUGGCGCGCGCCGAGCCCCGCGCGCAGCGCGCCGUGCUGCACGCGCUCACCGCGCUCGUCGCGCACAACCCCGACCUGCUGCCCAAGGUGCCCGCCAUACUCAAGGUACGCCCGGUUACAUCCUGCUGCUGCGGCUGGCGCGCGCCGAGCCCCGCGCGCAGCGCGCCGUGCUGCACGCGCUCACCGCGCUCGUCGCGCACAACCCCGACCUGCUGCCCAAGGUGCCCGCCAUACUCAAGGUACGCCCGGUUACAUCCUGCUGCUGCGGCUGGCGCGCGCCGAGCCCCGCGCCGUGCUGCACGCGCUCACCGCGCUCGUCGCGCACAACCCCGACCUGCUGCCCAAGGUGCCCGCCAUACUCAAGGUACGCCCGGUUACAUCCUGCUGCUGCGGCUGGCGCGCGCCGAGCCCCGCGCGCAGCGCGCCGUGCUGCACGCGCUCACCGCGCUCGUCGCGCACAACCCCGACCUGCUGCCCAAGGUGCCCGCCAUACUCAAGGUACGCCCGGUUACAUCCUGCUGCUGCGGCUGGCGCGCGCCGAGCCCCGCGCCGUGCUGCACGCGCUCACCGCGCUCGUCGCGCACAACCCCGACCUGCUGCCCAAGGUGCCCGCCAUACUCAAGGUACGCCCGGUUACAUCCUGCUGCUGCGGCUGGCGCGCGCCGAGCCCCGCGCCGUGCUGCACGCGCUCACCGCGCUCGUCGCGCACAACCCCGACCUGCUGCCCAAGGUGCCCGCCAUACUCAAGGUACGCCCGGUUACAUCCUGCUGCUGCGGCUGGCGCGCGCCGAGCCCCGCGCGCAGCGCGCCGUGCUGCACGCGCUCACCGCGCUCGUCGCGCACAACCCCGACCUGCUGCCCAAGGUGCCCGCCAUACUCAAGGUACGCCCGGUUACAUCCUGCUGCUGCGGCUGGCGCGCGCCGAGCCCCGCGCGCAGCGCGCCGUGCUGCACGCGCUCACCGCGCUCGUCGCGCACAACCCCGACCUGCUGCCCAAGGUGCCCGCCAUACUCAAGGUACGCCCGGUUACAUCCUGCUGCUGCGGCUGGCGCGCGCCGAGCCCCGCGCCGUGCUGCACGCGCUCACCGCGCUCGUCGCGCACAACCCCGACCUGCUGCCCAAGGUGCCCGCCAUACUCAAGGUACGCCCGGUUACAUCCUGCUGCUGCGGCUGGCGCGCGCCGAGCCCCGCGCCGUGCUGCACGCGCUCACCGCGCUCGUCGCGCACAACCCCGACCUGCUGCCCAAGGUGCCCGCCAUACUCAAGGUACGCCCGGUUACAUCCUGCUGCUGCGGCUGGCGCGCGCCGAGCCCCGCGCGCAGCGCGCCGUGCUGCACGCGCUCACCGCGCUCGUCGCGCACAACCCCGACCUGCUGCCCAAGGUGCCCGCCAUACUCAAGGUACGCCCGGUUACAUCCUGCUGCUGCGGCUGGCGCGCGCCGAGCCCCGCGCGCAGCGCGCCGUGCUGCACGCGCUCACCGCGCUCGUCGCGCACAACCCCGACCUGCUGCCCAAGGUGCCCGCCAUACUCAAGGUACGCCCGGUUACAUCCUGCUGCUGCGGCUGGCGCGCGCCGAGCCCCGCGCGCAGCGCGCCGUGCUGCACGCGCUCACCGCGCUCGUCGCGCACAACCCCGACCUGCUGCCCAAGGUGCCCGCCAUACUCAAGGUACGCCCGGUUACAUCCUGCUGCUGCGGCUGGCGCGCGCCGAGCCCCGCGCGCAGCGCGCCGUGCUGCACGCGCUCACCGCGCUCGUCGCGCACAACCCCGACCUGCUGCCCAAGGUGCCCGCCAUACUCAAGGUACGCCCGGUUACAUCCUGCUGCUGCGGCUGGCGCGCGCCGAGCCCCGCGCGCAGCGCGCCGUGCUGCACGCGCUCACCGCGCUCGUCGCGCACAACCCCGACCUGCUGCCCAAGGUGCCCGCCAUACUCAAGGUACGCCCGGUUACAUCCUGCUGCUGCGGCUGGCGCGCGCCGAGCCCCGCGCCGUGCUGCACGCGCUCACCGCGCUCGUCGCGCACAACCCCGACCUGCUGCCCAAGGUGCCCGCCAUACUCAAGGUACGCCCGGUUACAUCCUGCUGCUGCGGCUGGCGCGCGCCGAGCCCCGCGCCGUGCUGCACGCGCUCACCGCGCUCGUCGCGCACAACCCCGACCUGCUGCCCAAGGUGCCCGCCAUACUCAAGGUACGCCCGGUUACAUCCUGCUGCUGCGGCUGGCGCCAGAAAGACGCUGCUAUAUGACGAAGACAUCGUGGAAGAAAAGGCCAUCCUGGAAUGGGCCGCGAAGCCGUCCCGCAAGUACGCCAGCAAGGAAGUGAUUGCCGAAAUAAGGCGCCGCGCCACGCCCUUCCUCGAGUGGCUGCAGCAGGCCGAGGAGGACUCCAGCGACGGAGACGACUCCGAGCAUGACAUCGAGAUUGAAUACGACGACCGUGCGAAGGUGACCCCCAUCAAGGCGGUGUCGGCCGCGCCCGCCAAGCCCGCUAAGCCCCAGGACGACGAUGACGUCGACGUGGACAUCGACGCCAUCUAG